AGAAAUCACACAAACCCAACCACAAAACCCUAGCACUGUAAGCCUACACCACCGCCACAAGGAGGGGGCAUACUGCCGCCGUCCGUCGCACUCAAAGUUCGCCAUCCGUCAUCUAGCUUCCCUCGUGCGCCAAGUCUUCAACCCUGUUCGCUGUCACCGAUCACGGUUGCUUCCUCGAGCUCGGCGUCCGUCGUGUUUGUCUGCUCAGCCUCGCUUCCGUCGCCGUUUGGUUGCCGUUCACGUUCGCGUCUUCGUUCGCGUCUUCGUUCGCGUUCGCUCGGCGUUCACCUUUCGCGUUCACUCGUUGUUCACCGUUCUAGUUCGCGUUCGUCUGGAAGCCACCUUGCUCUGCUUCAAACUCUGCGACCAACACGCGUGCUCCACUCAGCCGUCGAACUGCUCUCUGUUGUCCCCGCCGUGAGUUCCUAAACCUGCCACCAGACAAUACACUCACACAACAGACAACACCAUGAACCAGUGACUAGAACGGUUCGAUGACCUGUCCGGUUCAACUCAUCGAGUUUUGAGGAUACAAUACUAGGGCUUGAAGAAGCCGAUAUUGGAAUCCGUCGAGCUCCGCCUCCGAGUCCGGUGAUUUUGUUUGCGUUUUCCCGGCAAAUCCAAGACAUCACCAGUUGUUGUGGUUGGAUAAAGGUUCCUUCCAAUCCUUCUCAGAAACCCAAAGUUUCUUCUCUCCAAAAAAAUGGGCGGGAUACAGCAGGAAAACAGAGAAGAGAAGGUGUCUUUGGAGCUCAGUGAGGAAAUUCUUCAGAGCAUGGAAGUUGGAAUGGCCUUCAAAGACUAUAAUUGUAAAAUUAGUUCCAUGGAUUUUCACAGGGCAACCAGCUAUCUAGUCACUGCUAGCAAUGAUGAAUCCAUUCGUCUCUAUGAUGUCACUGCCGGAACAUGUUUGAAGACAAUUAACAGCAAGAAGUAUGGGGUUGACUUGGUUUGUUUCACGUCUCAUCCGACCACUGUCAUAUACUCAUCUAGAAAUGGGUGGGAUGAAUCUCUGCGGCUUCUAUCGUUGCAUGAUAACAAGUAUUUGAGAUAUUUCAAAGGUCAUCAUGACAGGGUUGUCUCACUUAGCUUGUGCUCCCGGAAGGAGUGCUUUAUUUCUGGAUCUCUUGAUCGAACUGUUUUACUAUGGGAUCAAAGGGCCGAGAAAUGCCAGGGACUUUUACGUGUACAAGGAAGGCCUGCUAUUUCAUAUGAUGAUCAAGGGCUUGUUUUUGCAAUUGCCUUUGGAGGAUACAUAAGAAUGUUUGAUGCUCGCAAGUAUGAAAAGGGUCCCUUUGAGAUCUUUUCUGUUGGGGGAGAUAUUUCUGAUGCAAAUACAGUGAAAUUUAGUAACGAUGGGAGACUCAUGCUUUUAACAACUGCAGAUGGGCAUAUUCAUGUUCUUGAUUCAUUUCGUGGCACACUUUUAUCAACAUAUAAUGUCACACCUGUCUCGUGCAACUCCACGUUAGAAGCUUCUUUCAGUCCAGAGGGAAUGUUUGUAAUAUCCGGUUCUGGGGAUGGCAGCAUUUAUGCAUGGAGUGUUCGAAGUGGUAAAGAGGUUGGUAGCUGGAGGAGUGCAACUGCUGAUACUGGACCACCGGUGAUAAAAUGGGCACCGGGAAGUCUCAUGUUCGCAACCGGAUCUUCUGAGCUAUCAUUUUGGGUCCCAGAUUUGUCUAAGUUGGGAUCUUAUGUUGGAAGAAAGUAAAAGCCAUACAUGAUGGAGGUUCUGUUUGCCCCCACAGGCCCACAACUGACUGAAAGAUACUAGACUAUGAUGGGGGGUAACAAAUAAGGGUGAGUUUUUCUUAUUUUGACUGGUUCACCAAACACACCCUUAGUGACAAACUUUGCCUGUGUGACCGUGUAUAUAGAAGUAUAUCAUUAUAUAAAAAUCUCAAUGAAUCAAAAUGAA